AUGUCUAGCAUUAACGAUUUUAAUCAUCAGGGGGGCGAGUACUUUUCUCAGCCGAGAGGUUUCCUGACGCCGCCGCCGGCCGGGAGGGCGAGCCGGUGCUUUCCGGCGAUGCCCGCGUCGGAGAGGAAGCCGGGGAGGCCGCCGCUGCUGCCCAAAAGCGAUCUCUUUCACGUCAUCCACAAGGUCCCUUCCGGCGACUCGCCGUAUGUCAGAGCAAAACACGUUCAGCAGCUAAUAGACAAAGAUCCAAGCAAGGCUAUUUCCUUGUUCUGGGCAGCUAUAAAUUCCGGUGAUCGAGUGGAUAGCGCCUUAAAAGACAUGGCGAUUGUAAUGAAACAGUUGGAUCGAUCGGAAGAGGCCAUUGAAGCCAUCAAAUCCUUCCGAAAUCUUUGUCCUCACGACUCUCAAGAAUCUCUCGAUAACAUAUUACUCGAGCUUUAUAAGCAAUCUGGCCGGACAGAGGAGGAGAUUGAAAUGCUUAAGAUAAAACUGAAGCGUGUGGAAGAAGGAAUGGCUUUUGGCGGGAAGAGAACGAAAAUAGCGAGAUCUCAAGGGAAGAAAGUUGAGGUCACGGUCGAGAAAGAGUAUUCGAGGCUGUUAGGGAACUUAGCUUGGGCUUACAUGCAGCAGAAAGACUUCAAAUCUGCAGAAGAAAACUACAGAAAAGCACUAUCAUUUGAAUCAGACAAGAAUAAGCAGUGCAACUUAGCCAUAUGCUUAAUGCACUUGAACAAGCUGAGUGAAGCUCGAUUUUUGCUCCAAGCAAUUCGGGUCUCGUCCGAAAAUGGAAGUAAUUGUAUGGAUGAAUCAUACGCUAAGUCAUACGAACGUGCCUCUCAAAUGCUGGUCGAGUUCGAGUCUCAGCAAGAAGGGUAUGCAAAUAAUAAAACAAAGCCCUUUUGUGGUGAUAAUACAAAGAUCGAUGGUUUUCAGCCAACUGUGGACAAAAUGAAUAGACGGGCCUUCACUGAAUUUCCAUACGAGAAAAGGGCUGAUUUUGAUUGGAGGAGAAAGAACAAUAAACAACAACUCCAUACGGGCCAAGAAGCUUUCAAGAAGGCUUAUUAUGAUGAAUCUCCUUUUAUGAGCCGGGUUAUCCCGAAAGUUCCAUUUACACAGCCCAGGCUGAACCCGAGCGAGACUUCUUGUCGUAAAUUGUCAUUUGGCUCGUUUACGGGUGGUGAGAAAGGUAUGAAUUUUCAUAUGCCAUCCAAUUUGGCCUAUUCGGACACUACAGAGAAUGAAAAGAAGGACCGGAAAAUGAGUUGGGCUGAUAUGGUUGAGGAAGAAGAAGAGAAAAAGUUUGGAAAAAAGUGGAGAAAUGACGAAAAUCGGGACUCGAACAUUAUCAUCCUUGAGACUCCUAAUAGUCGAAUGCUCGAUCAAGCUGAAAGAUUAAGUCAGGAUUUGAAGAAGAUGGUUGAUAUUGGUAGUGGAUAUCUCACUCAACCGAGUAGUAAAGCUGCCACGAACCAAACCGUGAGGCGUUCGUUGUGUUUCGAUCAGAAUCUUCAGCUGGGAACAGAGAAUAAUAACAACAAUUCUUCACCCUUGUCGACGAAAGUUUUGAGCUUUGAAGGUAAUGAUGAUGACUUGAUGUUAUUAUCACCGGAAAUUGGUUCAGAUAAAUCGAUCAAAAGGAGGAACAGGUUGCAGGUUUUCCAGGAUAUAACCAUGCAGAAAGACUAG